CUGGGCUGGCUGCAUGGAGCCGGAGCUUGGGCCCACACCACACAGGACCCCAUCCUGGAGCAGCCUCGGGAAAACCCAGCAGCAAGAAAUGAGCAUCCUAGAGCAAGGAGAGAGCAACUCCUGGCCCUCCCUGACCAUAACCAUGAGCUCACAAAGAAGCCCUGGGAAACUAGGAGGCAAAGCCUUGAGGUGGACAAGGCAGGAGGCAGUGGAGGAGGAAGAGGACCUGCCAGACCUGGGGGACGGUCCCCAGUCUAGGCCAGCUGCUGAGUCCACAAGGCUAGACGCAACAUUACCCAUGGCUACGCCCUUGGCCCAGGCUGCUCCCCAGAUCAGCAAGGGCACCCCACCGCCAGAGUGGGACUUCCUCCCAUCUGACUGUGCAGACCCCCAGGUCUCGGUAACCUGGCAGGAUGAGCUCGAAGGCCUGGAACCUGGGAGGCCCUCUCCGUGUCCAUCACCACUGGCCCCGCUCCCCAGGCCAGGCUGGGAUGAUGAGCUUCAGAAGCCAGAGGCCCAGGUGUACAUGCAUUUCAUGCAGGAGCACAGCUGCUAUGACGCCAUGGCCACCAGCUCCAAGCUGGUCAUCUUCGACACCACACUGGAGAUCAAGAAGGCCUUCUUCGCCAUGGUGGCCAAUGGCGUCCGGGCAGCCCCACUGUGGGACAGCAAGAAGCAGAGCUUUGUGGGAAUGCUGACCAUCACAGACUUCAUCUUGGUGCUGCACCGGUAUUACAGGUCCCCCCUGGUCCAGAUAUAUGAGAUUGAAGAGCACAAGAUUGAGACGUGGAGGGAGAUCUACCUUCAAGGCUGCUUCAAGCCCCUGGUCUCCAUCUCUCCCAGUGACAGCCUGUUUGAAGCCGUCUACACCCUCAUCAAGAACCGAAUCCACCGCCUGCCAGUCCUGGACCCCGUGUCGGGCGCCGUGCUCUACAUCCUCACCCACAAGCGGUUGCUCAAGUUCCUGCACAUCUUUGGCGCCCUGCUGCCCCGGCCCUCCUUCCUGUCCCGCACCAUCCAGGACCUGGGCAUCGGCACAUUCCGAGACCUGGCCGUGGUGCUGGAGACAGCGCCUGUCCUCACCGCAUUGGACAUCUUCGUGGACCGGCGCGUGUCUGCACUACCUGUGGUCAAUGAAGCCGGUCAAGUGGUGGGUCUCUACUCCCGCUUUGAUGUGAUUCACCUGGCCGCCCAGCAGACCUACAACCACCUGGAUAUGAGCGUUGGGGAUGCCCUGAGGCAGCGAACCCUGUGCCUGGAGGGGGUCAUCUCCUGCCGGCCCCACGAAAGCCUGGGGGAAGUCAUCGACCGCAUUGCCCAGGAGCAGGUGCACCGGCUAGUGCUUGUGGACGAGACUCAGCACCUCCUAGGGGUGGUGUCCCUCUCCGACAUCCUGCAGGCCCUGGUGCUCAGCCCCGCAGGCAUCGAUGCCCUCAGUGCCUGAGAGCAUCCAGACUCUCACUCCCAGGCUACCAGUCAGCAGCAGAGCCAAGGAUUCUCCGCCUUCCUCUCCCGCAUGCCCUUGGGCUGGGUCAGCUGGGAUUCAGGUGUGCUCCACCCUGCCUCAUCAGCCUCAGCACCAACCUCUCCAGGUCUUUCCACACCCCACCCCCACCCUUGCCCUGCCUGUGCUCCCAGGGCCCCCACCCCCCAGCCCAGGAAUGCCCUGUGCGCUGUGGAAUGAAGAACAGCUGACUGAGUCCAGAGAUUCCUGAGCCUGAGCCCCAGGGCCACCCACAUCACUCUCCCCCCACCUGCUCCAGAUUCCUCCUUCAGACAAUAGGAGCCACUGCCCUCCCCUGCUCCCCAAGUUGUCAUUUGGGGGUGCUGCUGGGAAACCCCGUGAGGCCGCAGUUGUUUCCAGAGUUGCUUGUGGGAGCGGGUUCAGGCCCCAUCUCCUCAGCCUGGGCGCAUAUCACCAGAGCUCUCUCUCCCCGCGGCUGAUGAUGGGCCUGUAUUUGCACCACUGAGGACGAGUGACCGCAAAAACAAAAAGAUCAAGGAAAUUGG